CACAGGAAUACUGAGCAAGUUGCAACCUCAGUCCUCUCCACCCCCACACAAGGUCUGUGUUAGCUUCCUUUGUGCGUGAGGUGAAGUGACUCCAAGGCCAAAGAGAGAGUCCAAAAGUCCAGGAGCAGAACCAAGCUCUGUGCUCAGUGCCCCUUUCAACACACACACACAGAGCAUGCAUUAUCAGUUCAAAGCUGCCCCAGCGCCCCACAGUCUAAAAGUACAGACAGCAGCAGUCCUGGUGUGACCUUACAACCGAGCAGGGCAUCAAAGCUGCCCUCCCACUCUCUCCCCACAUUUACUACAGGCACCCCUCUGCUCAAUGAAAGCCCCUAGCUGUUGGAACCGCUGGACAACUCCCCACACCUGGCCACUACCCUCCUAUGAAGAAGGGCAGCAAUCAGGGUUGAGGCUUUGUGCCUAGGGUCUCUACCCAGUCUGGAGUCAGUAACUUUCAACUCUAGUUCUUCAAGGUGCAAUGCGUUGGUAGUAGCUAUUCAGACAGCGUUCUGGGUCUUGUGGUUAGCAGAUGGGAGCUGCCCAGCCUGUUCGCAGAUGGGAGCUGCCCAGCCUGUUCGCAUGCCUUCCAUAGAUUCUGCAGGCAAAGCAGGGAAUACCGAGCAGUGCUGCCACCACCUCACCUCAUGGGGGAAGGAACAAUGGGGAUGGAUCGGCAGAAGGAACUCACUGUCCCUGCUGAGAAUGGGGCAAUUGUUGGCUUAGGGUGAUCAUAUGCCUGGAGCAAGAAAAAGACAUCACCAGACCAGGGUGGCCCAGUACCAGGCAAGGCUGCAUUUACUUGUUUGUCCCCAGAGAUUCAGGGGCUGUUGGGAUCUCACCAGUGAAAAGAAAACCAGAUCAGUUACAAGUCAGAGAACACUGGACCGGAGGACAAAAGAGGAACUUUCAGGCCAAACAAUCACAACUUCUUACGGUGGAAGACAAAGGAAUGUAGAGAGACAUGCUCUGUUCGCAGCUCCCGCCUGCACACCCCAGCGAGAAUUGCUCUGGGCCAGUCCAAGGGACUUUGCCCUCCAAGGAACAAAGAUCUAUCCAGACAAUUAAAGCCUGUACACAAACUUGCAGCCAGGGCUGGCCUUCCCCAAGACCCCCAGCUCCUGCAGCAGCCUGGACACGACCAGCGCAAGCCAGCCAGCUGCUGAGACCAGCGCCCCCAGGCAUGGACACUGAAGACAGCAUCACAGAGCAGGUCUGCCAGGAGUCAGACGUCCAGGAUGGCGAGCUGCGGGAAGUGGAGGUUGCAGGCCACAUGGUGUUGCUGGUGAGGAAUAAGAUGGAGUUCAGUGCUGUGGGGAGCAAGUGCACACACGCCGGAGCCUCUCUCAGCAAAGGAGUCUUGGCGGGUAACAGACUGCGCUGUCCCUGGCAUGGCGCCUGCUUCAAUAUCAGAACUGGAGACAUUGAGGAGUACCCAACUCUGGAAUGUCUUCCCUGCUUUAAGGUGCGAGUGGAAGACGGGAAGGUAUUUAUUACUGCAAAAAAAAAGGACCUUGAAAGUGACCGAAAGCUGAAGGCCAUGAGUGAGCAAUGCAGGAGCAACGAGAACACAAUGCUGCUCCUGGGUGGAGGUACAGCUGCACUGGUCUGUGCAGAAACACUUCGUCAGGAAGGCUUUACAGGCAGGAUCAUCAUGGUAACCAAAGAAAAGCAUGUCCCAUAUGACAGGACCCAACUAAGCAAGGCGAUGGAUAAGACACUAGAGAGCAUUUACCUGAGGCAGCAGGACUUCUUUGAGGCUCAUGGCAUAGAAGUUUGGACUGACAAAGAGGUGGUGUCCGUGGACACGCAGGGGCAGAAAGCCCACUUCCAGGAUGGGGCCUUCCAGAGGUACGACCAGCUCCUCAUUGCGACAGGAAGCAGCCCCAGGCAGCUCCAGUGCCCUGGCUCAGACCUGGAGAAUGUGUGUUCCCUGCAAACCCCAGAGGAUGCUAACAGGAUUCUCCACCUAGCAACUGGCAAGAGGGUGGUGAUUCUAGGCGCUUCAUUCAUUGGGAUGGAGGUUGCUGCCUUCCUUUCAGACAAGGCCAGCACCAUCUGCGUGGUGGAAAGAGAGGAGUUCCCCUUCCAGGCAGUGCUGGGGCCUCAGGUCGGAGGUGUUGCCAUGAAGAUGCUGCAGAAUAAAAGAGUGAAAUUCUACAUGAAGGCUGAAAUCUCUGAGCUGCAAGGAAAGAACAGAAAGGUUACAGAGGCUGUUCUGGCCAGUGGAGAGAAGCUACCUGCAGAUGUGGUGGUGGUGGGAAUAGGUGUCACCUCCAACUCAGGUUUCCUGAAGGACGCUUCAAUUGCUAUGGACCGUAGAGGCGCCAUCCUGGUGGAUUUGUUCAUGCAAACCAACGUCCCAAGAGUCUUUGCUGCUGGAGAUGUGACUUCAUUUCCAGUCACACUGUUCGGUGGGAUGACCGCCACCAUCCGUCACUGGCAGAUAGCACAGGCUCAUGGUCACAUUGCUGCUUUAAACAUGCUGAAGAAGCAGAAGGCAUUGCACACCAUUCCUUUCUUUUGGACCUCGCUGCUUGGAAAAAGCAUCCGCUAUGCAGGCUAUGGGAAAGGAUACACAGAGACUGUCGUGAAGGGAAAUCUGGAGCAGCUGAAGUUCUUGGUCUUUUACAUCAAGGAUGAUUAUGUGAUUGCCGUUGCCAGCCUGAACUUUGACCCCAUGGUCUCCCUGGUAGCCGAGGUCAUGUACUCCGGCAGACAAAUCUCAAAAGCAGAGGCCCAGUCCUCUGAUAUAACCUGGAUGAAGCAAGCCUAAUGCGAGACUGCCUGGGGGCUCCGUAACACCCCUACAGGCGCAAUCAUUUCCCAUACCCCCGUCCUCCCGCUUAGGAGAAAUAAAAACCAGCAUGAAACAGAGCAGGAGCCCUGCUUUUCAUGUCUGCAAUCACAA